AAUAUGUAUGCUCCAUGUCCGCCGACUCGACCUGCCUCUCGUCAAACCUUCGCAAACCUCAGCUGUUACAUCCAAGGAAAUACUCUCAGAAAGGUGUCGUUGGAACAGCGACCCAGAAAGCAACUUCAUUCCGACGGUUCAAUAAAUCCCACUCUUGCAGAUCACGAUCCUCCAUCAUCUUCCACGACCUGGCUUGACCCCUCCGACACCUUACCACAGUUGGUCCGAAUACAGAGCAGUCCGCCUGCUUUACAGAGCGACAAAGACCUGCCAUAGAGGUAUGCGGCCAUGACACCGCAGUGAAGGAUUCAAGCUGGCGCAUCACUAUCCUUCCUCACACCUGCCCGCGGCGGCUCCCCUCCUCUCCGGCGAUCAUCGGUCCUCAGUUUCUGCUAUCGCAUACCACUACACCUACCCCGACCUCCCGUUAUCGCGACAACCGCAGCUGGCCCAAGAGCACGACGGUGACAAGCAAUACAGGAAAAGAUCCACACUUUUAACACCACCUCAUGCGGCUGCAGAUGCGACGGGCAAUGACCAGCAUUCGAUGACCAGGGCCUCGUCGACCAAAUCGACACCCACAUCGCAGACCCUGCAGCAUAGCCCUCUUUCGAUGACUGAGCCUGAGACUCCCUCCCAGGCCAACCCUGAAAAUCCCCCAACAACCAAACCGAAACGCGUGAGGACCGGCUGUCUGACUUGUCGCGAGCGACACCUGAAGUGCGAUGAAGGGCUGCCCAAGUGUCAAAAUUGCCGGAAGUCGAACAGGAAAUGCAAACGCGGUGUCCGGCUGAAUUUCAUUGACAUCCAAUGCGAGCGUCCACCUCACCUCCUUCCGCCAACUGCUGACUGGAAGGUCACAUUCCAAGAUGAUUCUCGCGAUAUUGCUUCAGAGUAUCACGGCGGCCUGGAGAAGUACCACUCUCUCGAACCAGAGCACAAACGACAAAAAUUGAGCAUUCCGCUUCUGAAGUACGAAUAUGGCCAGAUCACUGCUCCAAUGUUGGCUCAUCAACAGCUCCCGGCACCUCAGUCAUAUUCGCAUGCAUACGUCGAGCCAUCUCACCCGGCGUAUGCGAGUUCUUCCACUCAGUCGUAUGAAAAUACCGCGAAUGCCAUGGCUUCGUAUUCGGAACCUCGUCAACCUGUGACACACUCAUAUGAGCAGGCAAUGCUGGUGUCUACCGACCGGAGUCCGUCGCCGCCGUACCUGGAGAACAGAGACGAAGUCCUGUACAUGCAAGUCUUUGUUGAAGAGGUAGGCCUCUGGAUGGAUUCCAUGGACGCAGAAAAGCAUUUCUCGCGGCUCAUCCCCUUCCAGGCGCUGAGGGAACCAAUGCUCAAGUAUGCACUACUUGCGUGUGGUGUUCGACACUUGACGCUCGUAAAUGCUGCUUACCCCGAAGAGCAUGCCUUGAACUAUUACAACAACGCAACACAAUUACUUCUGAAGUCGCUCCAGAAUCCCGACCGGGACAGCGCUCUUUGUGCCACCACUGCCACCAUUCUCAACGUCUACGAAGUCAUGUCGGAGAAAGCUCUGCAGAGGAUGAACCACAUCGCCGGCGCCCGUGCCCUUAUAAAAGAAUGUCGCUGGGACGCUCAGUCUGCUGGUAUCGGAGCUGCCUGCUUCUGGCUGAAUGUCGGACUUGAGUUGUUCAGUUGCCUGCACUUCAAUUGGGGCGUGGCUUGGGAUCCCGACACCUGGGGUAUAGACAUGACCAUGAAUCCUCAGCAUACGGGCGGAAAUGAAGAGGAUUGGGCGCACAAGAUGCUAUGGAUACUGUCCAAGAUUACGAAUUUCCGUUCGACAGUACAGCCACGAUACCAGGAGGCUUCUGUUCAUGCCGAGCAGGCACGUAUACACCAAAGACAUCAACAGUGGCUUGCUCUGAGACAGCUCUGUGACCGCUGGAACCUAUGUGUGCCGCCGACUAUGCACGCAAUAGCUUCCAUCCCGCCUUACAUGACCAACUCGAAGAGUGCUUUUCCCGAGGUCUGGCUCAUCAAGAGGGCAACAAUCGUGGCGAGAUUAUUCUAUCAUACAGCCAUGGCAUUGCUCGGCUCCGUCCAUCCCUUUGCUCAUAUGCAACCUCAAACAGCAGAGGAAAUGCAGGAGAUGAGACUCUAUCAUUCGAGGCAAAUAUGCGGUAUCGUGGCUCAUGUCAAGGACAGAGGAGUAGCUUCUGCAUCGAUACGCUGUCUGGCCGUGGCCGGAGAACAUCUCACAGUCAGACGAGAGCAAGAAGAGGUCCUUUCGAUCUUUGAUCGGAUCAAGAAAGAGACAGGUUGGCGUGUGACAUUCAUCCAUGAUGACCUCAAGGAGAAAUGGGGUUGGAACACCAGUCCGCAAGAGUACGGCGGCAUGGGCGCUACACCCUCAUACUAUGCCGGACCUAGUAGUGCUCCUACAGCACCAGCACCAACACCAACAACGCCUCCGCGACCAACGUAUCCAAGCGGUAUUGUUAACCCUUUGUACAAGAAUGCCGACUUCUCGGCGCAGAAUCCGCCCUACGAAGGAAAUUACGUUCCUCCAGCCCCUGGACACAUCAUGCACAAUACCCAGAUUUAUGGAUAUUCUGGCAUACCUACCAUGAUGCAGUCCUGAUAGCAGCAGUUCCACUAUCACGAACAUGUGUGCGCUUUUAUGAACCAAAUUCACCAAGAUUUCGCAUUGGGGACUCGGCGUUAAAGGAACCUAGUGUGUUUCUCUGCCCUCACUGGGACAAGAGGCGGAUUCGACUGACAACUGGUUUCUCUGCCCCCAUUACACAUGCAAGCAUGGCGCUCAGAGGAUAUGUCUUUCAACGCAGCUCAGAUAUUCACAUUGGCGUGGCAUUGGUUUGAUCUAGGACAGGACCAGCAGUUCUGGGAAGACAACAGACUUGGGAGUUGAAGGAUGCUUUUACACUGCAAUUACCACGGGAUACCCACGCCGUACUUGACGGGAACGGAAAGACAGGGUCAGAAAUGACGGCUGCAACGGGAUAUAGUGAUGGAUUUCCUCUUGAAAAGGGCUUAUUAGCGCUUGUUUUAAUGCUAACGAUGUCAAUAUGAGAUGAGUAUAUGUACAUGUCUGCGUGGGACUACCACUGUGAACGGACGGAAAUGAAUACCGCAAAUACCGUUGCUACCAAUCGAUCUUUUCUUUGGAGGCACUUCUUUAUCUGACAACUCGUGGGACUCAUCAUCACUACGGCCGAAGUGAGCAAAACAUGGUAGUGACAGGGCGAUGGA